GCAUUUGCAUUGCAAAGAAGCAGCAGCAGCAGCAAGAUCUUCGUGGGAGGUCUCCUUAAGAGUAAGGCACGUGGGGGGAGGAUCAGCUUCCAGAUCUUGCAAGGGAGGGAUGAGAAGCCUUUCCUCUUCACAGGCAACUGAACAAAGGCAUCUUUCCAGAGAUCAUGGAGGUGACUCAGUAGAAGGGGCAGGAGAUGGAAGAGCAGGACCCAGAAGGACCUGGGACUGGCAAGAGGGCAAGCAAAGCCUCCAUUCCCCUCCAAGCUGGGAGUGGUGCUGAAUUCUGGGAAAGGGCUGAGCCAGAGACCCUGACUAAGGACACCAUGACCUCAGAUGUACGUUGCCAGCGGUUCUGGCAAUUCAGCUACCAUGAGGCUGAUGGGCCCCGAGAGGUUUGCAGCCAGCUCCAUGGACUUUGCAGCCAGUGGCUGGAGCCGGAGAGGCACACCAAGAAGCAGAUCGUGGACCUGGUGAUCCUGGAGCAGUUCCUGACUCUCCUGCACCAGGAAAUGCAGGGCUGGGUCAGAGGAUGUGGGCCGGAGACCAGUUCCCAGGCGGUGGCCCUGGCCGAAGGUUUCCUCCUGAGCCAGGCAGAGGAGAAGAGGCAGGCAGAACAGAUGUGGGCCUCAUCCGUGAAGAAAGAAGCUACGUUCCCUGAGGCGGAAGGAGCUUCCUUGGAGCAAGGGCAGAGGGCGCAGACUGUGGAGCGUGCCCAAGAUGCUCUCUCCUGUGGCAGUGGAGAGAUGCUGUUGGACCGCGGUCUUUUCAGAGGUGCAGAAACGGCUGCUGCAUCUCCAGUCCAGGGUCCCUUUUCCUUUGAGGAGGUGUCCGUCUCUUUCUCUGAGGCAGAGUGGGCCCUGCUGGAUCCAGCACAAAGAGCUCUCUACCAGGAAGUCAUGCUGGAGAACUAUGGGAACGUGGCCUCUCUGGCAGAGGAUGAUCAGAGGAAUAAGGAGGGUGAGGAACUUCAUCCGCAAUUCCCAGACAGAGUUAAUAAUGAAGACAUGAAAGGAAAUAUCAGGAAUAAAAGCAUCCCUAAGAGAAAGAAAGACAGCUGUUUGGUUGAGAAGAGAGAUGGAGGAAAUCAAAACAUAUAUUUUCCAAAACACAAUAUAAUGAAGACAAGUAAAUCUAUUCUAUGUGGAAAGUACUUCAGAUAUAGAUCACGGCUUAUUGAGAACCAAAGAAUACAUAGAGGAGAGAGACUUCCAGAGUAUGAAAAGAAAUUCGGUCAGAGUAGCAAUCUUCAACCACAAGGAACACACAAAAAAUGUUUUGAAUGCUUAGAGUGUAGAAAGAGAUUCAGUUGCAGUGGAACUUUUCAAAAGCACCAGAAAACCCACAAUGGGGAGAAAGCUUCUGAAUGCUCUGAAUAUGUAAAGAGAUUCCAUGACAGAUGGAAUCUUCAACAGCAUCAAAGAACCCACACAGGGGAGAAACGAUUUAAAUGCUCAGAGUGCGGAAAGAGAUUCAGUCAGAGAGGUGAUCUUCAAAAGCAUCAGAGAACCCACACAGUGGAGAAACCUUUUGAAUGCUCAGAGUGUGGAAAGAGAUUCAGUCAGAGUGACACUCUUCAACAGCACCAAAGAACCCACACAGGAGAGAAACUUUUUGAAUGCUCAGAGUGUGGAAAGAGAUUCAGUCACAGUAGCAAUCUUCAACAGCACCAAAGAACCCACACAGGGGAGAAACCUUUUGAAUGCUCAGAGUGUGGAAAGAGAUUCAUCACAAAUAGUGAACUUAAACAGCAUACAAGAACACACACAGGGGAGAAACCGUUUGAAUGCUCAGGGUGUGGAAAGAGAUUCAGUGAGAGGGGGGUUCUUCGAAAGCAUCAGAGAAUCCACACAGGGGAGAAACCUUUUGAAUGCUCAGAGUGUGGAAAGAGAUUCGGUCAGAGUAACAGUCUUAAACAGCAUCAGAGAACACACACAGGGGAGAAACCUUUUGAAUGCUCAGAGUGUGGAAAGAGAUUCGGUCAGAGUAACAGUCUUAAACAGCAUCAGAGAACACACACAGGGGAGAAACCUUUUGAAUGCUCGGAGUGUGGAAAGAGAUUCAGUCGCAGUUAUAAUCUUCAAAAGCAUCAAAGAACCCACACAGGAGAGAAACCUUUUGAAUGUUCAGAGUGUGGAAAGAGAUUCAGUCGCAGUUAUAGUCUUCAACAGCACCAAAGAACCCACACAGGAGAGAAACUUUUUGAAUGCUCGGAGUGUGGAAAGAGAUUCAGUCACAGUAGCAAUCUUCAACAGCAUCAAAGAACCCACACAGGGGAAAAACUUUUUGAAUGCUCAGAGUGUGGACAGAGAUUCAGUAGGAGUGGUACUCUUAAGCUACAUCAAAGAACCCACACAGGGGAGAAACCUUUUGAAUGCUCAGAGUGUGGACAGAGAUUCAGUAGGAGUGAUAAUCUUCAACAGCACCAAAGAACCCACACAGUAGAGAAACUUUUUGAAUGCUCAGAGUGUGGAAAGAGAUUCAGUCACAGUAGCAAUCUUCAACAGCAUCAAAGAACCCACACAGGGGAGAAACCUUUUGAAUGCUCAAAGUGCGGAAAGAGAUUCAGUUGGAGUGGUGCUCUUCAACUGCACCAACGAACCCACACAGGGGAGAAACGUUUUGAAUCCUUAGAGUGUGGAAAGAGAUUCAGUCACAGUUGUAAUCUUCAACAGCAUCAAAGAACCCACACAGGAGAGAAACUUUUUGAAUGCUCAGAGUGUGGAAAGACAUUCCGUUACAGUAGCAAUCUUCAACAGCAUCAAAGAACCCACACAGGGGAGAAACCUUUUGAAUGCACAGAAUGUGGACAGAAAUUCAGUCAGAGUAGCAGUCUUCAACAGCAUCAAAGAACCCACACAGGGGAGAAACUUUUUGAAUGCUCAGAGUGUGGAAAGAGAUUCAGUCACAGUUGCACUCUUCAACAGCAUCAAAGAACCCACACAGGGGAGAAACCUUUUGAAUGCUCAGAGUGUGGAAAGAGAUUCAGUCGCAGUAGCAGUCUUCAAAUGCAUCAGAGAACACACACAGGGGAGAAACCUUUUGAAUGCUUUGAGUGUGGGAAGAGAUUCAGUCAGAGUGGCCAUCUUCAAGAGCAUCAGAGAACCCACACAGGAGAGAAACCUUUUAAAUGCUCAGAGUGUGGAAAGACAUUCGGUCACAGUAGCAGUCUUAAACAGCAUCAGAGAACACACACAGGGGAGAAACCUUUUGAAUGCUCAGAGUGUGGGAAGAGAUUCAGUCAGAGAGGUGAUCUUCAAAAGCAUCAGAGAACCCACACAGGGGAGAAACCUUUUGAAUGUUCAUAG